GACACGAGUCCACUGGUGAGCCCACCCCCACCUAAUCGGAACCCAACACCCUUUCUCUUCUCUAAACUCACUCCCACUCCCACUCCCACACCACCAUAUUCUCCUACUAGGGCUUUUGAUCGCACCACAAAAAUGGCGGCAAUCGGCGCUCGAGGUCUCAGGAAGCCUGUGUUCGUCAAAGUCGACAGCCUCAAGCCGGGCACCACCGGCCACACGCUCGUCGUCAAGGUCGUCGACUCCACCACCGUGCUGCACAAGGGCGCCGCCGCCUCCCCGCACCUCCGCAACACCCGCAUUGCUGAGUGCCUCGUCGGUGACGACACUGCCUCCAUUGUCUUCACCGCUCGUAACGAUCAAGUUGACCUGAUGAAACCUGGGACUAGUGUGAUCCUACGCAAUGCAAAGAUCGACAUGUUCAAGGGAACAAUGAGGCUUGCUGUCGACAAAUGGGGCCGGAUUGAGGCGGCCGAACCAGCAACAUUUGUGGUCAAGGAAGAUAACAAUCUGUCUCUCAUUGAGUAUGAACUGGUGAAUGUUGUGGCUGAGUGACAAAGUGCCAUCUUGACUUUUGCAAAUAUGUGGACAUGAAAUCUAGGAUUUUUUGUAGUAAUGGUUUUCACCUAUUACCUAUCUUAGGUGAAGUUAAGGAUUUGGCGGGGAAAGCUUCUUUAGGCUUUUCGACAUGGCAUGUAAAAAAAGGAACCAUGUUAAUUACCUGCUUUGUACAAUCCCUAUCUGGAGAAGAACUAUGGGCUAUGAUUUUGUAUCUAUGUUUAAUUAACUGAAAACCUUUUGUCUUUUAUCA